AUGUCGUCGAUGGAGGCUCAACAGGAACGCCAAGAUAACGUUGAGGUCUCUCAGGGAAAAAUACCUGAACAUGUCUGUGACAACAAAGCAGGACCAAUUUCAUUUGGUUUUAGUAAAACGUUAAACAAGGUUAAAUCAGGGAAAGUAGAAGAACGGGACUAUUUAAUUGAAGUCGAAGGAAAAGAACUGAAAAGUACCAAACCUGUUGAGAAACCUAAAGAACUGAUCAUUCCUCUGAUCAAUAAGAACCGUUGGUAUAGACCUGAUGGCGUCAAACAGGGUGAAAAAGAGGAUAACUCGAAAUUUCCUCUAGAGGAGCAGGAUUCCGUCGAAUCUCAGGCAGUCAGAGAACUCAUUGAAGAGUCCCAGAGACAGCUGGAGCAAUGGAAGAAUGGGCCACAGUCAGACCCCAACUUAGCCAUUCCUUUGCUGAUGCAGAAUCAAGUACCAAAGGGCUUUGAGGAUGGAGACCGGGUCAGAGUGGACCUCCGUCCAGAGUCGUCCACAGAGGCGGACUACGACCAGGUUCCAGUGGAGGCUUAUGGGAUGGCUAUGCUGAAGGGAAUGGGCUGGAAGGAAGGGGAGGGCAUUGGACGUACCUUCAAACAAGAUGUGAAGCCUAUUGAACACCAGGUGAGGCCUAAAGGUCUGGGCCUGGGAGCCGACCGCUCGGCCAUCAAAGACCUGGAGCCUAGUCGUCCCAGACGGCCUCCUAAACCCGGAGAGGAGAGGGGGAAGGACGAGGAGGCCCUGGUACUGGGCCCCGGGGGGUUUGCGCUGGUUCAGUCUGGGGCCCACAAGGACCUGUAUGGGAAGAUAGAGGGGGUGGAUCCAGACAAUGCCAGGGUUGUGCUGAAGCUUGCCAUCGGAAGCAAGACCGUAACCAUCAGCCAACACUCUCUGAAGCUGGUACCCCGUAAGGAGUACGAAAAAUACAGCAAAGACCUCAGUCGCCUCAGCAAGGCCCACAAAGAAAAAGAGAAGGAGAAAGAAAGAGAAAGAGAAAAAGAACGGGAACAGCAGAGACGGGAGGAGAAGGAACAGAGAGUAAACGGCAGGGAUGAUAGACACUCCGACAGAAAAAAAGACCGAGACAGAGACUACAACAGAGAAAAGGAACAAAGGAAGCGAAAACACCGAGAAUCCAGUCAGGAAAGAGAGAAACCUCUUCCAGCGAAAGAGUCCAGACCUUCUCCUCCUGUUCCGUCCUGGCUACAGAGAGACCUGAGAGUCCGCUUCAUAGACAAAGCUUUUAAAGGAGGCAAAUACUACAACUCUAAGAUGAGGGUUGAAGACGUCCUAACCCCACACACUUGCGUGUGUCGCACGGAGGAAGGCAGGCUGCUGGAUGAUGUGAAGCAGGGUAUGCUGGAGACAAUUGUGCCCAAGAGUGACUCAGAUUCCAUCAUGGUCGUGCUGGGAGAGCACAGAGGACUGGUGGGCCGUAUUCUGAAACGAGAUCGGGAAAAGUGCCGUGCCAUGGUUCAGCUUGAUCGAUAUGAGGAGAAGGUCUUCACGCUGGAUUAUGACUCUAUCUGCCAUUACGUGGGUGGAGAGGACCUCUGAAAAAUGACCCUGUGUCUUUCAGGGUUUCUGCUAGCCAGUCCCCCCCCACCCCCCUCACCU